UAUCUGCAGGAUAUAUUAGAAAAUUCUCAAUUGUUACAGCAACAAGAAACCUAUCAAAUAAGAAUAUAGAACAAUGCGUUUAAGCGAACUUACAGGAUAUUAUGAAAAUCGAGAAUAUUUCUUUGUUCAAUAUGUUUUACAAAAUUUGUUCCAAAACAUUUCAGGCCAAUAAAUCAAUUUGACAGCAAAAUAUAAACUUAUUCUUCUGGAAUUUAAUUUCUUACAAGUUCUCUCAACUGAAUCAACAGCGAAUGUGUUCAGAUUAUCUCCCACAUGUCCGAAUUCACUGGUAUACAACAUACUGUUUCCACUUAUUUAACUUCCAGGUGUAUAAUUUCCAUUGUAUGCGAUCCACUUAUGUCUGAUUCACAUAGAAGUUCUGCCUCGCUUUGCGUCAGACAGAAAAGUUCGAUAUAUGUUUUUGUAUGAGUACGAUCACAUCGAAGCGAAACGCAGCAAAGAGAAGCAUAAUGUUGGGCAAUUCUAAUCUUUGUACGCUUUGCCAAGCAAAAGGGGAAACCCUGAAAGCAAAGCUUCAUUUGAGGUACACUUUGGUUUCUUCGCUUCGUUGUUAAAUUUAUGUUCUCUGGUUAGAGUAUCAAUUGUCAAGCAAAGCGAGGAGAGCUGUAUGUGAAUGUGCCAUUAUUGUUCAUACGUCAAUAAUAUUGAUAAGUGUAUAAAGUAUAUAAUAAUGAUUAUGAAGUGUUUUAUUUUGUUUAAUAAGGGCCAUUUCAUUAAUAUAUUCAGGUGGUGAAGAAAAUGUUUCGAACUCUUCUAGCUUUUCUUUGUUUUCACUGUUUUUUAAUUUGGGUAAUAUCCGACUGUGGUUGUAAUAAAGGUUUGGAUAGACAAUCGAGCGAAAUAAAAACGCCAAUCGAAAUUAAAAAUGAAAUCCCGGUUUGCAAGCAAAACAAAAAGGAUGGCUUACACUACAGAGAUUACUAUCCAGAAGAUCCGUUAAUGGCUCUCAUACCAGGAGGAAACUAUUUAAUAGGAACUGAUGAGCCUCACUUUGUAACUGAUGGCGAGGGUCCGGAACGUCUUGUUAAGAUAUCCGAAUUUUAUAUAGAUAAAUUUGAGGUGUCCAAUAGAGAUUUUAAUAAAUUUGUGAAAGCAACGAAUUAUACUACAGAGACAGAAAUAUUUGGUGAUAGCUUUCUAUUUAAAACUCUUUUGACACCAGAAAUGCAGGAAAAAUAUGUUGACUAUCGUGUUGUCAGUGCUCCAUGGUGGUUUAAAGUUAAGGAGAUUUCGUGGCGAAAUCCCCAUGGACUGAAAAAUAGCAUAAAUGAUUUGUGGGAACAUCCAGUAGUCCAUGUUUCUUGGAAUGACGCUGUGGCUUACUGUAAGUGGGCGGGAAAAAGGUUGCCAACUGAAGCAGAAUGGGAAGUAGCAUGUCGCGGUGGAAAGAAACGUAAACUUUUCCCUUGGGGAAACAAAUUAUCACCUCUUGGAAAGCACUGGCUAAAUAUUUGGCAAGGCGAUUUUCCUGACGGAAAUACAUCUGAAGAUGGUUACAAAAUAACCGCUCCUGUAAAUACUUUUCGCCAAAAUGAUUACGACUUACAUAAUAUGGUCGGAAAUGUAUGGGAAUGGACCCAAGAUCGUUGGCAAAAAGACGAUGUCAGUUCUAAUCCACAAUACGUAAAGAAAGGAGGCUCUUAUUUAUGCCAUAAAUCGUAUUGUUAUCGUUAUCGAUGUGCUGCUCGUUCGCAAAAUACAGCAGAUAGCUCAUCUGGAAAUUUGGGCUUCCGUUGUGCAAAAGAUGGAUAAGUAUGUGCUAAUUAAGAAGAGCUGCUAAAAUAACUUAUUUUAAGUAGUGUGCGUACUACAAAGUGAAUUCACGUAAUAUGUGUAUGUUUUAUAGAUAGAUUAAUUUUAUUAAAGCAAGGACAAGAUCAUUAAAUCA